AUGGCGUCCAAGGACAAGCUGGUCUCCUACGAAGACUACCAAGGCUGCCUCACAGCCUACUUUGAAUGGGCCGAAGCGUACGAUUCCAAGGACUGGGACCGCCUACGCCGGAUCGUCGCUCCCACCGUCCGCAUCGACUACCGCUCGUUCCUGAACAAAUUAUGGCCCGCCAUGCCGGCGGAAGAAUACAUUGCCAUGGUGUCGGACCCCAAGGUGCUCGGUGACAAGCGUCUGAUGACACAGCACUUCUGCGGCGCGUCCAAGUGGGAGAAGGUCUCGGACGACGAAAUCAUCGGCUACCACCAGCUGCGAGUGCCGCAUCAAAAGUACACCGACGAGACCCGCACCAAGGUCCUGGUCAAGGGCCAUGCGCAUUCGUCCAAUACUCAUUGGUACAGGAAGAUUGAUGGCGUGUGGAAGUUUGCUGGCUUGAACCCGGAUAUCAGAUGGAGCGAGUAUGAUUUUGAUAAAGUCUUUGCAGAGGGCCGUGAUGAGCUGGGCGAAAACGAAAAGGCUGAGGAGGCGGAUAAGAUUGCCAAGGAGGCCCAGGGUAUUCCGGCCGAAUAG